CAACUGCCCACCCUGUGCUUCACGGCCACAGCCAGUCAGUCUUCUUGCAGCGCAUGAGCUUGGCGAGCGCCUUGCAAGCCUCUGCACGUGACUGAAAUUUGUUCAUCGCCCGCGCUUCAUCACCUCUUUUUGAGGCCGUCCACACAGAAGAAUCUGAUGAAUGCAUCCGCCCAUAGGGAUGGAUGCCUUCCCGCAGCCUUCCAACUUCCCUCACCCUCACGACUCGGAAGGAUCUCACUCAUUCUGAGCGCAGGUGGAGAUCCGCUUGGUCCACGUCCUCGGGUCAACAUCUGCUUUGCACGAGAGGCUCAUUUCGAAAAAUCGCGCGUCUCUUUCACCAAGCGGGUGCGAGCAGCAAUACAUCCACGCUCUCUAUCCUGGCACCUCAUCUCCACUGCCCCCCCUGCCGCGCCCGACCGAGCCUGCCGGCCUAGCAAAUCGAAUAUCAGGCCAUCUCUCGCGCUAGCUGCCUUUCUACGCGAUGAUCAUUCCCGUUCGCUGCUUCUCGUGCGGCAAGGUGAUUGGCGACAAGUGGAAUGCCUACUUGGCUCUGCUGCUGGCUGGAAAGAGUGAGGGCGAAGCGCUGACAGAGUUGGGCAUGAGGAGAUACUGCUGUAGGAGGAUGGUCCUCACCCACGUGGACUUGAUCGAGAAGCUCUUGCAUUACAACAUUCACGAGAGGCACAGCGCUUAGUUCCGUUCACGCAGCAAAAGCGCCUAGCUCUCAUUCGAGAUUGUCUCAAUCACGCUCGUCCGAGCGACUUCCUCGUCCCGCAGCAGCCCUUCAUUUCUGUACAUCACUCAAAGCAGUCUCAACUUGUCGCACUAAGCGCACCACAGAUCGACGUACUGCAACGCGUGCGCAGCGUCUUGACAAGGAGCUUGAGAACGGGCGUUGGGAAGCAAAUUCUCCAGCUAAUCUUGGUCGGUCCUUGUGUGUCUUCGCUAUGCCUGGCCCAUUGGAGGCUCAGGGUUGCGAAUGAUGAGGGUGCUCGGGCUCGAUGCGUACAAGCAAGGCGUCGCGACGAGUGUGCGAUCAAGGGAAGCAAUUCCGAGGCGAAUAACGGCUGCAGAGCGCCGUAAGGGGCGAUCUGGGCGCGAAAGGCCGAGUUGACCUUCUCGCUGCUCUACGAUCCACCCGAUUUCGCCUCCCAUCUCGGCCCGAUGGAGUCGCGUCCGAG